GGAAUCAAAACCCUCAAUUUUUAUGAAGCGAACUAAAAGAGACUUACGCAAAUUCCAUCAUGGGAAGAUAGAUAUGGACAUAGACUUCAUAAAGUCGUGAGUCGGGACCAAAAACUACCUAAUCCUGGACCUAAUCGAACAAAACUGCUUAUGGGAUGAACUCACCGACGCCACCUUCUGGCUCGAACUUCUCAACCUAAUAACCCUCAAAGACCUCUCUACACCCACCAAAAUCUCAAAUUCCCUCGACCCUGAACGCCUAAAAACCAUCCACACCCUACUAUCAAAAAUCCUAAAAACCCUGCUUAAAACCCGCUUAGAGGACUUCAGCCUGAACUUACUCAAACUGUAUAAAUAAAUCCAAGCUGUUCCACCACAUUGACCUCCUUCUUCAGAUUUUUGAGUUUUUGUUAAGGAACGGAAAUGAAGCUGAGAAGUUUGUGAAGGAAGUCAUGAGAGGAUUGGGGUGGAAGAAGGAAGAUGAUUUGUUUGUGAAGUUGCUUUGAUUGAGGUUCAGCAGAAGGAAUCGGAUUCUAGGCGAGUUUGAACUGUCUUUUAGUAAUGGGAAAACCCGAAAUUGGGGUGGAACUGUGAAGCAGAUAGAUGAAGUUUAUCAUAAAGUUGAGGAGUUUUAUCGGAAUAAUAGGAGAGAGAGUGUAAAAUAGGAAAAAUGAACUUGAAUAUUUAACACAUCUCGAGGAUUUUCUAGAGCCUGAUGACCCUUUUGAGCAGAAGAUAGGCUCUAUUGAAGACAACAAACAGAAAUUGCAUGAUGCGCUUCUUGAGAAAUUUUGAGAAAAUCGUUUCAUGAUCCAGAACUUGCUUAAGGAAAAUAAAAAGAAGGAAGAAGAGAAAAUUCCACAACCUCAUUUUAUCAGCCAGAAACUGUUCACACCAAAUUUUGGUGACAAGCUUAAUAAAAAGCCUCUCGGAAUGGUUGGAAGCUUCAGGUCUGUCACCCAAGUAGCCAACAUGAGACGUUAUACAAGCAAGAAAGAAGACAGAAAGAAGUUAAAAUAAUGGCUUAAACACCUUCGAAAAAAAUGCUACAUUCAACAAAAAAUAACAAGCCAAAGGUGCUUCCGAUGAGUUCCACCUCAGAAGCUUCUAAACUAACCUUCCCAAUAGCAUCACCUUCAGCAUGGUCUCAAAAGUUUCAAAGCACUUUUCCCAAACCUUCAAAAACAAGUAAGUAGAGAAUCAGUUUCCUG